AAUGGCAUAUUGUCAUAUGCUGGCCGGGAAUGAUGAAUUUUACAGCAUGAGUUGGUUUGUCUGUAUUUUCCGGGUUUGUUUUGAUUAAGUGAUCCGAAAAUAUUGUAAAAUGGGAGUAACUGGCCUGUGGAAGCUGAUCGAAUCAUCGGGGCAACCUGUUCCAGUCGAAACGUUGGAAAACAAAGUCCUGGCUAUAGAUAUUUCGAUUUGGCUCCACCAAGUGGUAAAAGGCUUUCAAGAUAAUAAAGGUGGAAGCCUUCCAAAUGCCCACUUACUUGGUUUAUUUCAUCGCCUUUGUAAACUUCUUUAUUAUCGUGUGAAACCAGUGUUUGUGUUCGAUGGGGGUGUUCCGCAGUUAAAAAGGGAAACAAUGGCGAAACGUUCGCAAAGUCGAAGUAAACUCUAUACUGAAGCAGAUCGUCUGCAGGAUAUGAUAUUGCAAAAUCUGGUCCGUGAUAAGGCCGUUCAGAAAGCUCUUGGUCAGGAUGUUUGUGAAGCUUUGAUUUCACCAUCGAAGCAAAAACCGGAAGCGCAAAAGCCCAGUAGGGAUGAUAUGUUCAAACUACCUUCUUUGCCAAACGAAAAAAAUGGAGUAGAUGAAAGCAGUGCAAAUAGUUCUCUUUACUCAGAUUCUACGUCGUCUGAUGCAGAUAGUUCGUUUGAUGAGAAAAAUCCGCGAUACUCAUAUCAGACUAACUUGCAGGCUAUCGAUGUUAACAGUGUUCAUUUUAAAAAUCUUCCAGCAGACGUUCGGCACGAAAUCCUCACUGAUAUCAAAGAAACACGUAAACAAUCGUCAUGGGGUCGACUGCAUGAGUUACCCGCUGGGGCCAAUGAUUUCAGUGGAUUUCAAAUGAAGCGCUUAUUGAAACGGCGUCAGGUUCAAGUCAGUCUCGAGGAAGCCGAGAAACAAAUGGAGGGAAGAUCUUUAACGUUGGCAGAACUCGAGGCGCUUAUGAGUGAAGAAGGCAUACUAAGAGCAUCAGAUUCGAAUGCGACGAAGCGAAUUGCUUCGGACGAGAAUACACGAUUUCUGCUUGUGAAAGACCUCAAAAAAGCAAUGGAAACCGCCCAGAAGGAGGCCAAGGAAGAAGAAAUGAAAAAGGAAACUAAAGAAGAAGCUGAGGGAAAGAAUUCCGAGGAAAUAUUAGGUGAAGAGUAUGAAACGGAUUUGCAGAAAGCUAUCGAGAUGUCUCUGGACUCCACACAAGUGUACAAGGACGAUGAUUACAAUUAUGAUGCGCAAGUAAAGUUGAACAAAGUGCAACAGCGUGAGUUGAAAGUCGCGGCAAAUUCUUUAGCUCGGGCUUACAUGUUGGAGUAUGGAGGAAUGAAUGAUGAAGAUAUCCAAAGUUUAAUGCACGGCGGGAUCAAUGAUUCAACACAGACUGAUGACUUGCAAUCAUCGUUUAACUUUCAGCACAAUGACCGUUUCAUUACAAAGGGAGAAAUAUGUACGCCAUAUAAGGAUUUGCCAGGGAUUCAAAAGAUUAGUAAAAACAGUAAGCCGGAAGUGAGCGUAAAUUCGGACGAAGUUCAGUACAUAUCAAGCAGCUCAGAUGAUUCGGACUUGGAAAUUGUUGAUGAUGUCACGGAUUCUUCUAGGCCCAGUAUUGAAAUUUUAGUCAAUCCAGCAUGCGCGGCCGAAGAUGAUUUAUUUGCUGAUAUUUUUGAGAAAGAAACCGAAAAUGUAAAUGAAGCUGACCCAUUAAUACACACAUCUGACGAAAAAAAGGAAGUAGAUACAGAAAUUAAUCAAUUGCCAAAACAAGUAACACAACAAGGUAAUCUCAAACCAUCGACCGACUUGAAAAGCAAUUCCACAAAACAUAUAUUGGAUGAAUUAAAUGAAGAAAUUAAACAGGUUUCUUCGAUAACAUUAGAUGUAAUUGGGGAGAAUAUUAAACCUUUGGAAACACUAGCAAAAGAGGAUGUGUUCCCCCAAAAUGAAACUUCUAAUAAAAAAGAGGUUCAGCUCGGAGGGAAUUUCACCAAAUCGGCUUGUGAAUGCAUGAAUGAAACAGAAACUGGUACUGCGAAAACUAGUGAAUAUGAAGGCGAGAAAAGUGGCAAUGCAUGUAAGAGAAGUGAUAUAACUCAAUUGAAAGAAGGCGUAGAAAAUGUUGAAACCCAAUGCAUGGAAAAUUUGAAUGCCCCAACGACGAAAGAAUCAGUUCUUACCCAAACUAAGAUCUCAACUGAAAACAUUUCCAACUUGCCACUGACUGAUGUUAAUAGCAAAGCAGAUUUAGGUAAAAUCCGGCCCAAUCUCGAGGAAAUAUUACAAUGCGUAAAGCAACAAUCCUCAGAAGCUGCCAAUAUUUCUCUAGAUGAUAUAAAACCCUCUGUAAAAACCAGUGGCAUGAGCAUCAAUUUAGGAGACAACGACAUUGAAAAUAUCUCUAAAAAAACUCUGAAAUCGGACGAGUUUGAAAAAUGCAUAAAUACAGUUGAUGAAAUCAUUGAAAUUCCCGACGAUAACGCUGGAAUACGAACUCCUUCAAAGUCAUCUGGAGCACAAAGUUCAAUUGAUAACUUUUUUGAAACAAAAUUUACUAUCAAGAGAACCCCUGAUAAGGCGGCAGAACGGGAAAAUAGUCCGCCUCCACCUAAAGUUACAUCUCCGUUUUUCGUGAACAAAAAGUCAGGGGGUAGUAGCGGGAGAAAACGUCGCUCUCCGAAUAGUGACGACGGAACGUCUAGAAAUCCAAAGGUCGCUAAACAAUUAUUCGAUCAUUCUGCGGAGAAAGAGGAAGUGGAUGAUGAUAUUAAACCCUUAACUGAAGAUCCAUCUGUAGAUUUAUUAGAGGAAGUAGCGUUGGCUCUUAAGGAAAACAAAUCUCAAUCGGAACUAGCAAAUAUUGCAGGCGAUAUUCGCGAGGAAAACGUAGCUCUUGAAAUGGAACGGAAUAAACAAAGUCGCAUGGCGACUUCAAUAACAGAUAAAAUGGCUGCAGACUGUCAACAACUGUUGCGCCUCUUUGGGAUCCCGUAUGUUGUUGCCCCGAUGGAAGCUGAAGCGCAAUGUGCGUUUCUGGAUGCAAUCAAACUAACAGACGGCACCAUUACAGAUGAUAGUGAUAUUUGGUUGUUUGGUGGAUGUACAGUCUACAAAAACUUCUUCAAUCAAAAGAAACAUGUUUUAGAGUUCAAAAUGGAGAAUAUUGAGAAACUAUAUAGUUUGAAUCGACAUAAAUUGAUACAAUUGGCUAUAUUAGUUGGAAGUGAUUACACAACUGGAGUGAAUGGUAUUGGAGCCGUUACAGCUAUCGAGAUACUUGCGAAUUUCCCAAUUACUCCAAUAAAAGAAGGGGAAACUACAGAAAAUAUGUCAGUACUUUCGUCACUGAGAAAAUUUCGUGACUGGUGGAAAACUUGCAAAACUGCACUUUCUUCCGGCCGUAGUGCACUUCGAAGCAAAUUGAAAAAUGUCCAGCUAAACGAGGGAUUCCCCAAUAUGAAUAUUGUUGACGCCUACCUUCAUCCAAGAAUCGAUGGAAGUCGUGCCCGUUUUGUAUGGGGCGAACCAGAUGUUGAAACAAUUCGUGAAUUUGCCAAAACUAAAUUUGGAUGGACUCGAACUAAAACCGAUGAAAUACUUCAGCCAGUUUUAAAGAGACUCAAAGAGCGCAAAACGCAAGCAACAAUAAAAAAUUAUUUUUCUGUAAAAAGUGCUACAACUGUACGAGAGCUGAAAGUGAGCAAGCGCGUACAAAAAGCAAUAGAUAAAAUGUCCGGGGAUUAUGUGGAUAGUCCUUCACCUAAAAUGAAAGAACGAAAACGCCGGAAAAAAAGCGCUGAUACUGAAGCGUCUACAGUAGAUGAAGUUAAGGCAAAAGAGAAACCAGGAGCGCGAAAACGCCGAACAAAAUUAACCCAGGGUGAAGUCGAGGGCAAGGAUGAAUUACUAGCAGACGAUCCUAAGGUCGAGGCAACCAAAAGUGUAAUUAUUCCAAAGAAAGUAGCCAAAAAAUCUCCCAAUAUUCCCAAUCCUAAACAACCAAUACCGCAACGCGAGAAAGAUAAAAAAGAUAUGGAGCUAAGGAAGGAAAAAGCAAUCGAAAUUUUCCAAAAGAAAAAGUAACCAAAAGAGAUAAAUUGGCUUAUCCAGAUGAGUUUUGUGGAAGAGAUUAAUCGAGCAAAUAUAAUAUUUAAAAAAUUAUAAGUAGGUUAAGUUGAAUUGGAAUAAAAUGUUGAAAGGAAAUUGAAAGAAAAACCUGUACAAGGAUCUCAU